CUUCCGGCCCGCCGCAUUAUGAAUGAUGGGUUCCCGGUGUGGGGUUUUUAUGUUCCAGACUGUUAAUACCUUUUGGUUUCCUUUUGCUUUUGUUUUCUUUAGCAGCCGUUCCCUGAAGUAGCCUCGGAAUCUCGGCUCCGGCCGGGCUGGAAGGCGCGCUUGGCCGGCGUCGCCCGUCACGGUGGAGCCUGGCCGCGCCUCAGCGACCAGGUGACUCAGUGAAAGAAGAACAUGAAAGGUAUUAAGAGAAGUCUUGCAGAAGAAUACUUAUACCUGGACUUUUCUCACCAAGCAGAAGGGUGCAUCUUCCCUCUUCAUACAUCUGUGACUUUAUUUUUGUUGUCAUACUGUGACUGCAAAAUCCUUAAAGUUUAUUUAGUCCUCCCCAACGAAAGUUCUGAUGGUUCACUUCUAAGAAAUGUGCUAUCUCAGGAUCUUGAAAUGCAGGUUAUUUCUAGGCAAGAGCUUCCACCCAUAGUCCAGACUUGCUGUCUGCCUGCAGUAGUAGAACAGCCCAACAACUUUUGUAGAGCUGGACUUGCUGUUGUACUAAGACACAUAAUCCAGAAAUCCUAUGAAGCUGAUCCCUCAAAGAAGGACAUUUUGGAACUUCUGGGUUUUAAAAAGACUUGCUUGAAAGCCUGUGCUGAAGUUAGUCAGUGGACCAGGCUAUGUGAACUCACCAUCCCUUUGGCGAUUGAGAAUUUCCUUAGAGAGUCUGUUGAGCAGCCCCCUGCUAUCCCUGCAGAAAUAUUCCAGCUAGAGAAAAAGCUUAGUGAGCCUGUUAGAGUACACAAUGAUGACAAACUCCGCAGGCAGAAGCUGAAGCAACAGAAGGUUGCUGAAAAGAAAAGAACAGCCAAGACCAAGGUCCAUACCCAGGAAACACCCAAGGACCUGGACUGUCCAUCUAAGAGUCUAGAAAUGAAAGUGGCCUUCUCAAAGCUCAUGGUGGAAGAAGAAUCAGCUCCUACCAACCGGGAGCCUUCUCACAUCAGGAAAGCAAAGGCCUCUGACCUUCCUCCUCUGGAGCAUGUGUUUGCAGAGGGACUUUACUUCACUUUGGCAGACAUUGUGCUUUUGCCCUGUAUCCAUCAUUUUCUGGUAAUUAUCUGCAAGAAAUUUUCUGAGAAACUGAUAGAAUUUCCCCUCCUAGCUUCUUGGUACCAGAGGAUUCAGGAAGUGCCGAAAGUAAAACGAGCAGCUUCCAUGUGUGGGAUCCAAUUCCUCUGCUUGCCCAAGUUGUCAGACACAUCACAUGAACAGCAUCAGAACUUAAGCGAGGCCCCAGGUUCAGAGGAGCGAAAUGACCCUUCAUUUACAGGAGGACCAAGACCAACUCUGACUAAGUUAAUGGAAAAUGGCAUUGAAGUGCUGCUUGCGCCUCAUCCUUCCCCUAUGUGGGCCCUUGAUUGGGAUAGUCUUCCUGCAGCAGUAAGCCCAAAGGAAGGCAAAAUGUCAAGUGAUCGAGCUUUGAGGAAGCAGCAACAAUUAAACAACCUUGUUUAUGUGGUGAUGAAUCAGGCUAAACCUGGUGACAGAAUUGUGGAUUUCUGCAGUGGCGGGGGCCAUGUUGGAAUUGUUCUUGCUCAUAUGCUGCCAUCAUGCCAGGUUACAUUAAUAGAAAACAAGGAAUUAUCAUUAGUUCGUGCCAAGAAGAGAAGUGAUGAACUAGGUUUAAGCAACAUUUGGUUCAUUCAAGCAAAUAUGGAAUAUUUUACAGGAGUGUUUAAUAUUGGGGUCGCAUUACAUGCCUGUGGUGUGGCAACAGACAUGGUGAUUGAGCACUGCAUCAAAACACGGGCUUCCUUCAUCACUUGCCCUUGCUGUUACGGCUUUAUUCAGAACACUUCCAAGUUUAGUUUUCCCAAAAGUGAACAGUUUAAGAAAACUUUAUCAUACAAGGAACACAUGAUUCUAUGCAGAUUUGCAGAUCAGACAGCUGUCCAGCUUCCACCCCAACGAAGACUCGUAGGAAAACAAUGCAUGUGCCUGGUGGAUCUGGACCGAGCAAGAGCUGCAGAAGAACAUGGCUACUCUGUUCAAGUGAUAUCCAUGGAGCCAGAGAGCUGCUCUCCCAAAAAUAACAUGAUUGUGGGAGUCCCCAUUUAGAAGGAGAUGUUUAUUUUUGGUGUUUUGCGGUUAGCUUUGUGCUAGAAGUCCAGGAGCAUCCUUGGAGGUGCUUGGUAUAAGUAGAAAACAGCAUUAGCCAUCCUGAGCCUAUUGUGCUCAUUAGGAAGGUAACAGGAACAUCUCAGAAGAAAGGCUGCCCUCAAAGCAUCAUAAAUGCUCUUAGAAUGUAUGAUUAAGAAUCAUUAGUUUUCACAGUGUGAAUCCUCUAAAGUUUUAGCUGCCAAAAGAAUAAUACCAAUGAAGGGUCUAUCACUGGAAUAACAACUUCCUUCUUAGUUCACAGGCUUUUCUGAUCUUGCCAGUAUGAUAGCCAAUUCCAAACAAUGUAUUUGCUGUCUUUUUUUUUAUUAUCCUUUAGAUAUUCAUAUCUGGAUAUUGAAACUAAAGUCAAUGAGGGAUUGUAUUUUUUACAUUUGUACUUUUCUAUGUAUUUUUUAAAGUCUAGAAAUAUAAUUACACUGUGGUUAUUUUUAAGCUGGGGUUAGUUGAACUUGUAUACCAUUUAGUAUACUUCUUUAGUGUCAAAUGAGAUCAACACUGGUUGAAACAUUUUCUGUAAAGAGAUUACAAAAAAGUUUCGUAGAAGACCAUGCAUUUUGGACAUAAAUUCUAACUAAAUAGUAAAUACAACUAUUACUUAAUUCAAGGAUAUAAAUAAUAAUUUGGAAUCUAAAAUGUUCAAGACCCUGACUUGGAUUUUUCUGAAAAUACAAAGAAAAAUUGCAAGAGAUGGUGCUUUAUUUACAGAACGAAAUCAUCUGAAAGAUUGAUGGAUUAGAUAUGUGCUUUUUGUCAUAAUGAACGGUCUUAUUUGUAUUUUUUUAAUCUCAUUGAGCAUAAAUCGUGGGUGUGAGUACUGCAGACCAGGGACGCUUAUUUGAACAGUUCUCUCUGCUUAGGUUCUCAUUUUUCCAUCAGCCAACAUUUUCAGAUGCACUUAGCACAUCCUUUUGCAUGUGCUGCUACUGAUUUAACGUUACAUAUCCUACAUUAUUCCACUAAAUUUAUUUCAUUACUCAUUGUGGUUUAAAAGAAUAAUUUUAUAGGGCAAUAUUCAUGAGGAGGGAUGGGGUUUGUAAUUUUAUUUUCUGGGAUAGAAUUUAAGAAAACAAAAUUGAGCCAUUGUUUAGUCAUUAGUGCCCAUACAUACAUGUUCUUUUGUCCUGGAAUUUCCUUCUUAGAUGAAGAUAUAAUUUAUAUAUAACAAGGUUUUGAGUGUUCCAUUUGAAAUGUUUUGGUAAUUGUUGAUACCUACACAAACCCAUUCAGAUAUCUGAUGAAUAUUUUCAUCUAUCAAUAUCUGAUAUUUCCAUCAGAUAUUGUCAGAUAUAAUAUUUUUCCAAGGAUUACUUAACUCAGUUUCAUAAUGAAUGUUUUAAUUUUAUGAAACUUAAUUUACCUUUUUUAUGGUUGAUACUGUCUAUGUUCUUUCUAAUAAAUCUUUACUUGCCUGUGUUAGUCAUUUUCCAUCAUGGUGAGAAAAUACCUGAGAAACACAACUUAAAGGAGAUAAGACUUAGAUUGGCUCAUGGCUCCAGUCCAGAGUUUGUUUGUGUUGUUUUGGGGGCCUGUAGUGAGGAAGUACAUCUUCAUAACAGGGCAUAGUAGAGUAAUACAACCCAGCUCUCCAUAGCCAGGAGUCAGAGAAACAGGAAAGGUAGGGGGACAAGAUAGUUCUUCAAGACACACUCCCAAUGCCUUCUUACUUUAAGUAGGCUCCACCUCCUAAGAGAUCCACCACCUCCCCAUAAAGCCAUCAAAUUGAAAUGGAUUGGUCUGUUAAUUAUAUCAGAACUCUCAUGAUCCAGUCACUUCUCAAAAACCCAUCAACCAAGCUUUUAACACAUGAACCUUUAGAGGGACAUUUCAUAUCCAGGCCAUAAGACUGUGAAGAUUUCUCCUAUGUUUUCUUUUUUGUUUUUUUUAACUUCAAGAAGUUUUAGUUCCCAUUCAACAAAGCAGUCUAUGAAUACAGUGCAUCUUGAUCAUUGUCACCCCUUUCAUUGUUCUC